AUGAAUGUGCUAGCAUUUACGGAAAACCAAUUUGAAGGUGUUUUGCCCAUUUCUAUUGGCAACUUGUCAACACAACUCACUCAAUUAUAUUUGGGAGGCAAUAAAAUAUCUGAAACUAUUCCUGUAGCAUUACAGAAUCUCAUCAACUUAAUUGUCUUGGGUAUGGAGAAUAAUCUUCUCACAGGUAUGAUACCUACUUCUUUUGGGAGGUUUCAGAAGAUGCAAGUAUUGAGUUUUUCAGGAAACAAACUGUCAGGGAAAAUCCCAAGUUCUAUUGGUAACGUCACUCAAUUGGUUAUAUUGUUUUUGUUUCAAAACAAUUUAGAAGGAAGCAUUCCUCCAAGUAUUGGUACUUGUCAAAGUUUACAACAGUUGGAUGUUUCACAAAAUUACCUUAGUGGAGUCAUACCCCAACAGGUUUUCCAAAUUUUUUCUUUGUCACUUUUACUCAAUUUAUCCCACAACUCAUUUAGUGGCAACUUACCUGUUGAAGUAGACGGUUUGAAGAAUAUUGAUUCACUCGAUGUCUCUAAAAACAAUUUUUCUGGUGAAAUUCCUACAACAAUUGGAAAUUGCUUUAACUUAGUGUACCUAGGCUUGCAAGAGAAUUCCUUUAACGGGAACAUACCUUCAUCAAUGGAUUCCUUGAAAGGCCUUGAACAUUUAGAUGUUUCACAAAACAGCUUAUCAGGAUUAAUUCCAAAGGGUCUAGAGAAGCUUUCAUUUUUAAAAUAUUUGAACAUUUCGUUCAACAAUACUGAGGGUGAGGUACCAACAGGAGGAGUAUUCAGAAAUGUAAAUAUGAUAUCUGUUAUUGGAAACAAUAAGCUUUGUGGGGGUAUUCCACAGUUGCAAUUACCAACAUGCCACAAAGUUACAAAAUCAAGAAUGUCCCUUGCUUCUAGAUUGACAAUCACAAUUGUUUGUGUCUUUACAUGUAUUCUUCUGGUUUCAUCCUUUCUCAUUCUCUAUUGGAGGAAAAAGUCAAAUAAGAAACCAUCGUCUACAGUCUCAAAUAUUGAUCUCCUUCCAACAAUUUCAUACAAAAUGCUUCAUCAAGCAACUAAUGGAUUUUCUCUCAACAAUUUGAUUGGAUCUGGUAGUUUUGGAUCAGUUUAUAAAGGGGUUCUUGAGCAACAUGAAAGACUAGUUGUUGUAAAGGUCCUUAACCUUCAAACGAAAGGAGCUCCUAAGAGUUUUAUGGCAGAAUGCAAUGUGUUAAGAAAUGUUCGGCACCGAAAUCUUUUAAAAAUCUUAAGUUCUUGCUCCAGUAUAAAUUAUAAUGGUGAUGAAUUCAAAGCUUUAAUAUUCGAAUUCAUGACAAAUGGGAGCUUAGAUAUGUGGCUUCAUCCAAUGAUAGAUAGCGAAUAUCAAUCGCAAAAUUUGAGCUUUUUUCAAAGACUUAUUAUUGCCACUGAUGUAGCUUCUGCAUUAUGUUAUCUUCACAAUCAUUGUGAGCAAAAAAUCAUUCAUUGUGAUUUAAAGCCGAGUAACAUUCUUCUUGAUAAUGAGAUGAUUGCUCAUGCAAGCGAUUUCGGUUUAGCGAGGCUCCUCUCUGAAAGUUCAAAAACGUUUGUAGAGUAUGGGAUUGGAGGUGAAGCAUCAACUGAGGGGGACAUAUAUAGCUAUGGAGUCCUUGUGUUAGAAAUGUUCACUGGAAGGAGGCCCACUAAUGAUAUGUUUAGAGAUGGUUUGAAUCUCCAUAACUUUGUUAAGAUGGCACUACCAAAAAGACUUGUUCAAAUUGUUGACCCACUGCUUUUACCAAGAAAAGCUACAGAAAUGGGAGCAGCAACUGUGACAAUAAUGGCAAAAGAAAAAGCUGAUAACAAUGAUGACAAUGCCAACGAAAUUGAAGUAGAAGAAGCUGAUAACAAUGAGGAGUUUUCCUGCUUGUCCAAACCAAUGAAGCUUCACAACCCCAAUUUUCCUGCAUCAUGCUCUACACAUGUUCAUAUGAUUCUACUCUUUACUAUAACCCUUCUAUGCUUGCAACCUGCCACUUUUUUUGCCACUUCAACAAAUGAGACUGAUCAUUUGGUUUUGCUUAAAUUUAAAGAAUCCAUUGCUGAUGACCCAUAUGGAAUCUUGAGCUCUUGGAAUGAUUCUAUCCAUUUUUGUAACUGGUAUGGAGUAACAUGUGGCCGCCGUCAUGGAAGAGUCACAACCUUGGUACUAGAAGGUCAUAACUUGCAUGGAACCAUUACACCUUACAUUGGAAACCUCACAUUUCUCAGGGCCAUCAACCUCCAAAACAACAGCUUUUAUGGUGAUAUUCCAAAGGAAGCUGGUCAUUUGUUCCGACUGCGACAUCUUAAUCUUUCAAGUAACUCACUGGGAGGAGAAAUUCCAACCAGCUUGACCAACUGCUCCGAACUCAGGGUAAUGGUCUUAGAAUCGAACAAACUUAUUGGGAAAAUCCCAAUGGAGCUUGGCUCUUUGACUAAGCUUUUGGCUCUUAUGGUUUCAACAAACAAGUUGACAGGAGGAAUCCCACCUUCCUUGGGAAAUCUUUCGUUGCUCGUAAAUUUUUCAGUAGAAUAUAAUAACUUAGAGGGAAAUAUUCCAGAGAGUAUAGGCCAUUUGAAAAGCUUAUCAGUCUUCAGAGUUGGAGUCAAUAAACUGAACGGUACGGUCCCUUCCUCUCUCUACAGUUUAUCAUCUAUUAGUACUAUACACUUUGUCUUCAACCAACUCAAUGGCGCUCUUCCAGCAAACAUAGGCCUCACUCUCCAUAAUCUCAAACUAUUUGGAAUUGGUGAGAAUGAAUUCUUUGGGCCAAUCCCCGGUUCUUUAUGCAAUGCAUCUAAGCUUCAAAUACUUGACGUAGGUGGAAACAACUUUGUGGGACCAGUUCCAACUAAUCUGGGAUAUCUACUAGAUCUUGAACACCUACGUCUAAGUUAUAAUAAUUUAGGAAGGGAUUUGGACUUCUUAAACUCUUUAGAAAACUGUAGCAAAAUGGAAUCGCUGACAUUUAGAAGUAACCAAUUUGAAGGUGUUUUGCCCAAUUCUAUUGGCAACUUGUCAACACAACUUAAUGCAUUGAAAUUUGGAGACAACCAAAUAUCUGGAAUGAUUCCUACAGCGUUACAGAAUCUUAUCAACAUAAAUAGUUUGGAAAUGGAUGAGAAUCUUUUCAUAGGUGUGAUACCUACUUAUUUUGGAAAGUUUCAGAAGAUGCAAGGAUUGGAUUUAUCAGGGAACAAAUUGUCAGGGCAAAUCCCAAGCUCCAUUGGCAACAUCACUCAAUUGGUUCAAUUGAACUUUUCUCGAAACAAUUUAGAAGGAAGCAUACCUCCAACUAUUGGUAAUUGCCACAGUUUGCAACAAUUGGAUAUUUCACAAAAUUACCUCAGUGGAGUCAUAUCUCUGCAGGUUUUUUCUCUUUUCUCUUUGUCACUAUUACUCAAUUUAUCCUGCAACUCAUUUAGUGGUGAAUUAUCUGUUGAAGUGGGCAAUUUGAAAAAUAUUAAUUCUCUAGAUAUCUCUGAAAACAACUUGUCUGGUGAAAUUCCCACAACAAUUGGAAAUAUAUUGAAUUUAGAAGAGCUCCACUUGCAAGGGAAUUCCUUUGAAGGAAUCAUACCUUCAUCAAUGGCUUAUCUGAAAGGCCUUGAACUUUUGGAUGUUUCACGAAACAACUUAUCAGGAUUUAUUCCAAAGGGUCUAGAGAAACUUUUAUUUUUAAAAUACUUGAACAUUUCAUUCAAUGAUUUUGAGGGCCCACUACCAACUAUUGGAGUUUUCAAAAAUGUAGAUGCAACAUCAAUUAUUGGAAACAAUAAGCUUUGUGGGGGUAUUUCACAAUUACAACUACCAAAAUGCCCCAGAGUUACAAAAUCAAGAAAGUCUCUUGCUUCAAGAACAAUAAUCACAAUUGUUUGUGUGGUUGCAUGUCUCCUUCUAGUUUCAUCAUUUAUUGUUCUUUAUUGGAGGGAAAAAUAUAAAAAGAAACCAUCUUCUAAUGUCUCAAAGACAGAUCUCCUUCCAACAAUUUCCUACAAAAUGCUUCAUCGUGCAACUAAUGGAUUUUCUCUCAACAAUUUGAUUGGAUCUGGUAGUUUUGGAUCAGUUUACAAAGGAGUUCUUGAUCAAGAAGAAAUGUUAGUUGCAGUAAAAGUUCUAAACCUUCAAACUAAAGGAGCUACCAAGAGUUUUUUGGUGGAAUGCAAUGUCUUAAGAAAUGUUCGACACCGAAAUCUUGUGAAGAUCUUAACAUGUUGCUCCAGUAUCAAUUAUAAUGGCGGUGAAUUUAAAGCUCUUGUAUUUGAAUUCAUGACAAAUGGGAGCUUAGAUAUGUGGCUACAUCCAAUGACAGACUGCGAAAAUCAAUCAAAAAAUUUGAGCUUUCUUCAAAGAAUAAUUAUUGCAAUUGAUGUGGCUUCUGCAUUAAAUUAUCUGCACAAUCAUUGUCAGCAACAAAUCAUUCAUUGUGAUUUAAAGCCAAGCAAUAUUCUUCUCGAUAGUGAGAUGAUUGCUCAUGUAAGCGACUUUGGUUUAGCAAGACUCCUCACAAGCAUUGAUGAUUCUUCCCAGAAGUGUACUAGUACAAUUGGGUUAAAAGGAUCUAUCGGCUAUGUUGCUCCAGAAUAUGGCAUGGGUGGUGAGGCAUCAACUGAGGGGGAUGUAUAUAGCUAUGGAGUCCUUGUGCUGGAAAUGUUUACAGGAAGGAUGCCCACUGAUGAUAUGUUUAAAGAUGGUCUAAAUCUCCAUAAUUUUGUUAAGAUGGCAUUACCAAAAAGACUUGCUCAAGUUGUUGACCCAAUACUUUUGCCAAGAGAAGUUGAAGAAUUGGGAGUUGCAACUGCGGUAAUGAUAGUGACAGAAAAAGAUGACAAUGAUAAUGAAAUUGAAGUAGAAGAAGCUAAUAAUAUUGAGGAUUCUAGGCAUAUUGAUGUUGACAUGCAAGAGUGCUUACUCUCAAUUCUUAACAUUGGAAUCUUAUGUUCAUUGGAAUCCCCGAAAGAGAGGAUGAGUAUGGAGGAAGUCAUUAAGGAACUGCAAUUGAUAAAAAGUGCUUUCAUUAGUUUGGGGAUCCGCAAAGGCAGACCAAAUAGAGCUCAAGUAAGGGGUAUUUAAUUUUGAU